AUGGCUUCUGGGGACCUUUACGAUGUUGAAAGGAUUGUAGACAAGAGGAAGAAUAAGCAAGGAAAAUGGGAGUAUCUUAUCCAGUGGAAAGGCUAUGGGAGCCCAGAGGACACGUGGGAGCCAGAACACCACUUCUUGCACUGUGAGGAGUUUAUCGACGAGUUCAAUGGGCUGCACAUAUCCAAGGACAAGAGGAUCAGGCCAGGGAAACAGUCUAACACCUCCAAGCUCCUACGUGACAGCUGGAGCCCAGUGAGUGAAAAACUAGCCCAUAGACCUUCAGAACCUGGGAAGAGCAAAGGAACUUCCCAUAAAUGGAAGCACAUCAACCCUCCCCUAUCUGAGCCAAAGAAGGGGUACUCAGGCAAGCCCCCUUCAGGGGGCGAUCGAGCUGCCAAGAUGGUGUCUUACAGGACUACCCCCAGCGGUUUGCAAAUAAUGCCCCUGAAAAAGGCUCAGAAUGGGAUGGAAAAUGGGGACGCCGGCUCUGAGAAGGAUGAGAGGCACUUUGGACACGGGUCGCAUCAGCCUGGCUUGGAUUUGAAUGAUCAUGUUGGAAAGCAUGUGGGUGAUUGUGAAGUGAACCAUGCAGCACUGGCAGAGAAUGGGCUUGGCCCUGCUCUGACUAAUGGGGGAUUGAACCUGCACAACCCUGCGAAGAGAAAGCUGGAAACAGAGAAGGACUAUGUCUUUGACAAGAGGCUCAGGUACAGCGUCCGCCAGAAUGAAAGUAACUGUCGGUUUUGAAAUAUUGUCGUGCGGAAAGAAGAAGGGUUCACACACAUCUUGCUGUCCAGCCAGACCUCGGAUAACAAUGCACUGACACCUGAGAUAAUGAAGGAAGUCCAGCGAGUGCUCUGCAAUGCAGCCACAGAUGACAGCAAACUGCUGCUUCUCAGUGCAGUGGGGAGUGUGUUCUGCAGUGGCCUAGAUUACUCCUACCUAAUUGGGUGGUUGUCCAGCAACCAAAGAAAGGAGAGCACUCGGAUUGCCGAAGCCAUCAGGGACUUUGUGAAGGCCUUUAUCCAGUUUAAGAAACCCAUUGUAGUGGCCAUCAAUGGGCCGGCCCUGGGCCUGGGUGCCUCCAUCCUACCCCUCUGUGACAUCGUGUGGGCCAAUGAGAGGGCCUGGUUUUAGACGCCCUACGCCACCAUCCACCUCACACCUGCUGGCUGCUCAUCCUACACCUUCCCCCAGAUCCUGGGUGUGGCUCUGGCCAAUGAGAUGCUGUUCUGUGGACAGAAGCUCACGGUCCAGGAAGCAUGCAGCCAAGGGCUGGUGUCCCAGGUCUUCUGGCCCACCACAUUCAGCCAGGAGGUCAUGCUGCGAGUCAAGGAGAUGGCGUCCUGUAGUGCCGUGGUGUUGGAGGAGUCCAAAUGCCUUGUUAGGAGCUUCCUGAAAUCAGUGCUGGAAGAUGUCAACGAGAAAGAAUGCCUCAUGCUCAAGCAACUCUGGAGUUCCUCCAAGGGCCUGGAUUCCCUGUUCAGCUACCUGCAGGAUAAAAUUUAUGAAGUCUGA